AUGAUCGAACCACAAGAAGUAGACAAAUGGAUCGAACAGCUUGCAGACUGCAAACAGCUCAGCGAGGACAACGUAAAAAGGUUAUGCGACAAGACACGAGAGUUACUCAUGGAGGAGUCCAAUGUCCAACCCGUGCGGUGCCCCGUAACCGUCUGCGGAGACAUCCACGGCCAAUUCCACGACCUCACAGAACUUUUUCGCAUCGGUGGCAACUCACCAGAUACAAAUUACCUCUUCAUGGGUGACUAUGUAGAUCGUGGCUACUACUCCGUCGAGACCGUGACCCUGCUCGUCUCCCUCAAACUCCGAUACCGCGAUCGCGUCACCAUCCUUCGAGGUAAUCACGAGUCGCGCCAGAUCACCCAGGUAUACGGGUUCUACGAUGAAUGCUUGCGAAAGUAUGGUAAUGCCAAUGUCUGGCGCUACUUCACCGACCUGUUCGAUUACCUACCCUUAACCGCACUCAUUGAAAAUCAAAUAUUCUGCCUUCAUGGCGGCCUCUCUCCUUCUAUUGAUACCCUCGACCAUGUCCGAUCCAUCGACCGUGUGCAGGAGGUACCACACGAAGGCCCGAUGUGCGAUCUACUAUGGUCAGAUCCCGAUGACAGGUGUGGGUGGGGAAUCUCGCCUCGGGGUGCAGGAUACACUUUCGGGCAAGAUAUCUCAGAAGCCUUCAACCACAACAAUGGUUUGACUCUUGUGGCCCGUGCACAUCAAUUGGUCAUGGAAGGAUACAACUGGAGUCAAGACCGGAACGUAGUAACAAUCUUCAGCGCACCAAACUACUGCUAUCGGUGCGGUAACCAAGCAGCGAUCAUGGAGAUUGACGAAAAAUUAGCUUAUAGCUUGUACGUCCUGAUCUUACCCUUCUUCUUCUCUCUUUACUCCUGA